UUUCACUCGACGGACAUGUACGGUUCUUAAUUCAGCUAAAAAGCGAGAAAAAGAUUUAUUGAACGAUUUUAAACACCAAGACGAAUGCCCCAGUUACUAAGAAAACUGCUAAAACUGAUGAACAAGCUAUGAAGAUAGUAAAACAAGUUUAAGGUUUACAAUCGAGCUUAAGACACGCAAAGCUAAUCUGUCUAGCACGAUAGUAUGGAGCGUCUCGGCGUGUUUGUAUGGAUAUUGGUAGUUACCACAACUCAUUUAUGUGGAGGAAGUUUGUUGAAAUCUUGUCAGGAACUGUGUUGUUUCACACCCUGGAACAAAACAGUAUUUGAUCUUCACUUUGAGAAAGGAAAAAACGAUACUACAAACUGCCAAGAAUGUCUCAAAAAUCAAAGUUCAGAUGCUAAUGUAACUCUGCAACAGUUAUGCCCAAAACAGCAGAUCAACAGAACAAGUACAAAUAAAGAGAUUGACAUAUCACUUUGCCAGGAAAUGUAUGACAAGGCAUCAAAUGACUUUGUUGGUUUAGUGAAAGGAGUCAAGGUGAAUUUUCAUCAUUCAGAAAACUUCUGGUACAUCAACAUAACGUGGGAUGCACUCAAUGAUCCUAAAAUAUCCAGGAACUGGACUCACUAUGUCAUUCAAUGGCUUACAACAUCGCCAGAACUUGUUAACUGUAAUCUGAUAUCCAAGAAUCGGACGUUCUUCAUUAUCAAUGAAACAGAUUAUGGAUGGAAAUACCCUCAAGCGAUUAACUUAAAUGUGUCCACGUAUCCGUUAAAGAAAAAUACUGGGUAUCGCUUUGAAAUAACAAGUUGGCYUCCGCUAUUAAAGGGCAUGAAUAAGAAAUAUGUAAGAUUGUCUAGCAAAGUUUCACCCGGGAUGGUGGCCGCUAUCAUCGUCGGUUCCUGCGCUGGUCUCAUUCUGGUGACCAUAGUGAUAGUUGCUUGGAAACUAAAAUACCCGAAUGGAUGGAGAGCAAAGUACAGAAACCGUAUGAAAUCUCUAUCAGAAAAUCAAGGAAACUUUGAGUACGACGCAUCAAUCUUGUACAGCAGUUUCGAUGAACAAUGGGUAACUGAAGAGCUCAUCCCAUUACUUGAGUCAGAAAACAAUUUCAAGUGUUUCAUACACUUUAGGGAUUAUGAGGCUGGUAAAGUCAUUCACGAGAACAUGGCUGAUUCCGUUUACAAGUGCAGAAAAAACCUUGCAGUUGUUUCGAAAAACUUUUUGAAAAGUGGUUAUUGCAAAACAGAGUUGGACAUGGCACUGGAACGUGUAAAUCGAUGUGGGGACUAUUCACUUAUUGUCGUAAAUUUGGAUGGUGUUUCCAUUGACCUCCUACCAAAAGCAUUGAGAAUAAGAACGUUCGUGAAUCUAACGAGUUCUCAAGAACAAAAGACAUGGAGAAACCGGCUUGUGAAGCAAAUAAGCGUAGAGGAAGAUAUACAACGCGGCUUAAAAGUGAAAGCAGAUGAGUUGUUACACGUGACUUCAGAAGGAUGCCAGGUUAUCAGUCAUAUUAAUGACAUAAGUUCAAGCAGUACAGAAAGUGUGUAGAGUUUUUAAGUUGUGACGUAUUUCGAUGUCCAAUAUAGCUUAUUAAAACUAUUAUAAAACAAAAUACUCCACCAAAAUCAAUUAGAACUUUGGGCAGCGAAUCUGGUCAUGACUGAAAUUAUUAUUUUUAAAUACAUAUCAGUACAAAUUCAAGGUAAACCAAUCAGAAUUGAGGAUUCAACAUUUUGUUUUGAUUAGCAUUUGUCAUGAUUCUAUAAUGGUGUAAUGGUAGUUGGACAACACGAAAUGAUAGAGACCUUUUUUAAAGACCUUGGACAUUUAUUCAUAGGUCUCUAUCAUUGCAAGCUCACCGUUCGUAUCGCUUCGAUGCAAAGGCACGGCUAGCUUUCAAGAUGGCGCAGGGAACCGUGAAGGGGAGUAUUGGUGGAGGCGAACGACUUGUACAGUGAGGUCUAAAAUAUUUUUCAAAAAUAAUGUGCCACUUUCCCCCUUUCCCCUAGCAAUGUUGGUCUAUGUAUUUUUUUUAGCCUAUGAAGCGGUUGGCUGGUAAAAUGCAUGCGAGACAACAAUUUAUGAUCAAUAUUUCAUUCAUAGUUUUAAAUUAUUGAGUUUGAAGGACAAGGCAACGGUAACUAAGGAGAGGUGGUGUAUGGUUAGGAUGGUUAAUAAACACCAGAAUAUCUUGGAUGGUUUUAUUCCAACACUUGACCAUCCAUGUGACA